AACUGAGUUAAUCAAUUUAAAAAAUUUAUAUGAAAACAUAAAGAAAUUCUUUAUUGUUUUAAUAACAAAUUCAAGUUUAUCGUGAAGUGUUUAUAAAUAGUUGUUUACAUAUAAAGUCUCUCUGUUAAUUAAUUCAGUGAAUAAGUAAAAUAUAUAUGAAAAACAAGAAUUAUCAUUUUUCUUAAAAUGAUAAAAAUAAUGAAGAUUUUUCAACUAAUGAGUAGUUUACUUAUAGGAACAACUUUAAUAAAACCUAUAAAUGGUUUAGAAAAGGGUGCCAAGUCGUUUGUAAUGACCAAUGCGAAUGCUAAAAACGUGAUCAGAGAGUUUGAGUACUACGUUAAUGUUGCAGAGGAGAAUAUUAAGAAUUCCAUUAUCCAGAAUAAAAUAAAUCUAUUUGAUUUUACAACUAUAAGCAAUAUUGACAAUUGGAUGGAAAUUUCGGAUACUGUUAGAGAAGUUGGAAAAUCGAAAGCCAGUCUAGUUCUUCAACAAACUCAAGUUUUUCAAAGAGCAAUAUUUUUCACUCUUUUAAAUCCACAGCCAAAUGGAGCAGGAUUUGCCGGUGUUCGAACUCGAACAAAUUGGAAUUUAUCGUCUGUUAAAAAUAUCAAAAUCACAUGUCGUGGUCAAGGAAGUAAUGAAAAUUAUAAAAUUGUUCUCAGACACAAUGGUCUUGAAUCGAACGAUGACAUUUCCUAUGAGCAAUUUUUCACAGCACCAAUGUCAAGCGAAACAUUUUCAACUGUAACAAUUCCUUUGGAUAAUUUCAAACCCUACUAUCGUGGUAAAGAGAUUAUAGAUGCGGAUCCUCUGAAUACCUCUAAUAUAACAAUGUUCGGUUUACAAGUUUACGGUGGCGUUUACUUGCCCAUUAAACAAAAGGGAGUAUCGGCUUUGGAGAUUGAGACAAUUGCGGCUACUUCCUAAAGUUACGACAACUUUAUACAACAAUAAACUGAAUCCUUAAAAAGUUUCCAUUUCCACCUCGAGUCAACCAAUAAUAAUCUAAACCCUAUUUUACUAUCAUUAAAAAAAUAAUUUAAAAAUUUUUUGCAAAAUUAUUAAAAACUGUAUAAUAAAUUCUAAAUAAAUGAAACGAGAACGGA